AUGAUGUUCAAUGAUGUAAAUUUUGAAACUGUUAAGGGGUCAUGUCAUAAGUUCUUUGUCUUCCAUUGUACACCAUCCCCAGCUGCAGGUGACUUUCAAGCCAUAAACUCCGAACCCACAUCCCAUUACCUGAACCCGUCAAAACGCGAAGGAGGAAACCACAGAAGCCAAACCAAUUCCACGCACGGUGCAGCUGCCCUUAUUGAAAAUCUUGGAUCUGGGAGAAUGGAAUUGAAAGGAAAGCCUGUUGAGCAUGGAUAUUACAUGCCGGCGGAGUGGGAGCUCCAUUCUCAAUGCUGGAUGGGUUGGCCUGAACGGCCAGAUAACUGGCGAGAUGGAGGAUUGCAUGCUCAACGUGCAUAUGCCAGUGUGGCAUCCGCAAUUUCAAGAUUUGAACCUGUGACUGUUUGUGCUAGUGCUGCACAGUGGGCCAAUGCACGUAGUCUCUUACCAGAACAUAUCAGGGUUGUUGAGAUGAGUAUGAAUGAUUCUUGGUUUCGCGACACUGGUCCAACUUUUGUUGUGAGAAAGAUUGUAUCUAGUCCAGAGAAUCUGGAGCACAAGGUUGCAGGAAUUGAUUGGAACUUCAAUAGCUACGGUGGCAUAGUUGAAGGUUGUUAUACGGAUUGGAGCCUUGAUCUUCUUAUCGCUAGAAAGGUUCUGACAAUUGAAAAGCUGCCUAGAUUUCCCCAGUCUUUGAUUCUUGAAGGUGGAAGCAUUCACGUAGAUGGAGAAGGGACUUGCCUUACAACUGAGGAGUGCCUCUUAAACAAGAACAGGAAUCCUCAUUUAACCAAAGAACAAAUUGAGGAUGAGCUGAAAGCAUAUCUUGGGGUCAAGAAGAUUAUUUGGCUGCCUCGUGGAUUAUUUGGCGAUGAUGACACUAAUGGCCAUAUUGACAACAUGUGUUGUUUUGCAAGGCCUGGUGUGGUUUUAUUGUCAUGGACUGAUGAUGAGUCAGACCCACAGUACGAGCGUUCUAUUGAAGCACUUUCGGUUCUCUCCAGUGCCACAGAUGCCAAUAAUAGAAAACUAGAGAUUAUCAAACUUCAUGUGCCCAGUCCACUUUAUAUGAGAGAUGAGGAGGCUGCUGGAUUGAAACAGGAGGGUGAGGCUAAACCAAGGCUCCCUGGUACAAGGCUUGCUGCUUCAUAUAUAAACUUCUAUAUUGCCAAUGGAGCAAUUAUUGCUCCUCAAUUUGGGGACCAGAAGUGGGACGAUGAAGCUGUCCGCACGCUGUCUUUGGCUUUUCCAGAUCGUGAGAUUGUGAGAGUUGAAGGUGCACGAGAGAUUGCAUUGGGAGGUGGAAAUAUACACUGUAUCACACAACAGCAGCCUGCAGCCUGA